GCCCUCUGAAGUGAGGCCAGAGCCAGAACUCCCCAGGGAGGACGAGCAGCAAAGCACAGCCAUGGAUUCAAACAAACAAGAAGGAGAAACUGAAAAUGUGCCAGUGAGUAACCCUGCAACACAGAUUUCUCAGUUGCAGGCACUGGCCUCUGAACUAAAAACUGGUUUCACUGAAGCAAUGCAGGAACUUUCAAGAAUUCAGCAUGGAGAGUAUGCUCUGGAGGAGAAGGUUAAGAGCUGCCACUGCACAAUGGAAGAGAAAGUGGCAGAGAUGAAGAAUUCGCUAAACUCUUUCAAGGAGGAGCUCAGUGAUGCCAAGUCGAAGAUUGAAGUGAUCAGUUCCAAGCAAGAGGAAAUGCAACAGAAAAUUGAACAGCUGCAACAAGAGAAACGUAGGGAAUCCCGGAAAGUGAAAACUAAAAGAACACAAAAGGAUGAACACGGGUCACAAACGGUGCCUACACCGCUACAAGGCAGUCCGUUCCGAUCGAUAAAUCUCCCGGAACCUGUCCUGAUCAAUGAAGAUCUUACAAGUCUUUUGCCCCAUACAACCUAUGAGAGAGCCUCUGAUACCAGAUCCAUGGCAGCUGGAGAAGGAAAUGUGAAAGUAGUGUCAGGCCCUGGUGGGAGCAGUGCAAAUCCAGAGACAGAAGAAAGCCUCAAGCCUUCCCUGCCAGCUGACAUUCAGCCAAAGGGUCACCCCACAUCGACUGUGUGGAAGCAGCCCAAAGACAGUAAAGAGUGGGGUGAUGAAUAUAUUUCUAAGGAGCACUCAGACAGAGUGAAGGAAACAGGCCAAAGCAGAUACACUUCAGUGGACAAUGUCUUAUGUGAAACUUCUUUCGCUGCCAAAAGGCAGAGCAUUGCUUUGGAGCUGCUCGAAUCCGAGAGGAAAUAUGUCAUCAACCUGUCCCUGAUCCUGAAGAUCAAAGCCACGUUGCAAGGCUCAGACGUGAAGAGGAACACCAAAGAGAGAAGUUUUUUCCCCAGUUCUUUACGAUACCUGGUCCAGCAGCAUGUAGACUUACUUCACACACUGCAAGAGAGGGUGCUGAGUUGGCCACGUCCAGGAAUCCUGGGAGACAUAUUCCUGAAGUUAACAAACGAUGAGAACAAUUUUCUGGACUACUACAUUGCUUACUUGAGGGACCUGCCGGAAUGCGUCUCGCUGAUCCACGUGGUGAUUCUGAAGGAGGUGGAAGAAGAAAUUAAGUCUGACCUCUACAUGCUGUUCUUUCAUAUAGUCCAGCGUAUCCCUGAAUACCUUAUUCAGUUACAGAACAUCCUGAAGUACACUGAGCAAGAGCACCCUGAUUACUACCUGCUCCUGGUGUGUGUGCAGCGCUUCCGCGUUUUUAUCUCGCACUACAGCCUGCUAUUACAGUGCAACGAAGACCUGCUCAUACAGAAACGGAAAAAGCUGAAGAAGUCGUCCCUGGUUAAGUUAUACAAAGGUCUGGCUUCUCAGUGUGCCAGUGCCAGCCAGGAGGGUUCUCAGACACCCAGCACAGCAGCCAUCCGAGACAGCGGGAUCCACUCCGAAGAGGUGAUGCAGCUGUUCCCUGCAGCCCCCUCUUCUAGCACAGCAGCCACGCAUUUGAUGCCACAGAUGAAGAAGAACCAGCCUGCCAUGAUGGAGAAUAUCCAGACUGGGAAGCCAUCGGACUGGGAAAUGGAGGCUAGAAAACACGAAAGGCCAGAGAAUAUCCUCGCUUCGUCUCAGUUCCCUGAGCAGGAGCUAAAGGCCAUGUCCAUCCCUUUGCAAGCGAUCCCAGAGAUGGAAUAUGAAACUCCCCCAGCCGAUCCAAUGGGAAAUGCCGAGAGAUCUGUCAGAACCUCAAUGGAGCUGCUGCAGGAUGCUAGAAGCUUUGCUCCAAACUAUGAAGAGUUGGACUAUGGGGGGGAAGUUUUCACCCUGCCAGGUCCCUACGAGGACGAGACCUUUCAAAACCUGGCUCUUUUUGAGAACUGCUCCCCGGCCUCCUCUGAAUCCAGCCUAGAUAUUUGCUUUUUAAGGCCUGUUAGCUUUACGGUGGAACCAGACAGGACAGAUCACUCAUCACAGCCGCUGCCUAAAAGCAGCAGUGCUUACAAACAGGAGGUGUUUCACAGCAAAGGCAAGCAGCUGAGCAGGUCCCUGAAGGAGUUCCCCAGGAGCACUGAGGGCAUGAGCACUAGACUCUACAGCACCAGAAGCAGCAGCAGUAGCCAGUUGCAGCACAAGCAGGAGAGAAGCAUGCAACCUCACCUGAUCUCUGCAUCAUCUAGAAGCUCCCAAAGGAGCUACUUCCCCCCACCGAGAGGGCUGGGGGACAAACAGAGCUUUUUGGAAGAGCUACAUGCAGAAGACAACACCAGGUUCUGCCAGAAGGAUGACAACGAGCAAACAUCCUUCAGCGAGCACAACCCGCGGCAGGAACCCAAAGGGGGCUUCCGGAGCUCCUUCCGCAAGCUCUUCAAAAAGAAAUGAGCAGCCCAGCAGGAGGUGGGCAGUGAUUUAACUCCUCUAACUGCUACAGCUCUUCCCCUGAGCUUGCAGACAGAAAACAAUCCAGGGCUGCAACUUCCAGGUCCAGGGCCAACACAAUAGAAAAGAGGGGGGAGUUUUCCAUUGCUGACUCACAAAAGCAGCUUGCUCUCCCUAAAACAGUGGAGGGGUGCAAGGUGGAUUGAAACGGAGAUUGUUAGAGGUGGGGCAGAUUUAUUUGGUGACAAUAGGAACCCACCGAGCCGUCACCCAAAACCUAAACUCAACUUUCCAUCAGGUCCCACUCUCAAUCAUUUUUCUCUGCCCUGCCACGUUCCUUUGAGGCCCAAAAGUGGAAGUGCAUGCGAGGGAGGCUGCACUUGUAGGUUUUCAGCCUGACUGGAAGCGGGAAGACCUUGGCUGAACAGGAUUUCCAGCUUGAUGUUGGAGGGCUGAGAGGUUCUGAUCAGCGUGGAGCUUCGGCUGGGAUCCUGGCUUUCUGAACUUCACCGUCCCCGGCAGUUCUGCUGUAACUUUCAUUCUGCAUGACUCCCUCUGAUCUUUUCAAUGCUGCAGGAACAGUUGCUCUUCCUGCCAUAUUCUUAGAAUAUAUUUGUAUUUUGGCAGCCCUUAGUGAUCACGGCUCCAUUAUGCGAGGCACUUGGUCACAUAUGUAGUUUAUAGGUCCCCUUUUAUUUUCUUUUUGCUACUGAAAACUCAGCCUGGGGCCUGCGUCUCACUGUGUGUCUGUCCAGCACUUGGCACAAUGGGGCCGUGAUCUUGGUUGAGGCUUCCAAUGCUACUGUGGUUAAUAAUCGUGACUGUGUGAAAGCUCCGUACCUUCCCUGGCCUAUGCAGUAUCUUGUGAAUUAACCUGGAAUGCACCACCAGUUACAACUGUUUCUUAAGGUGUGAGGACUCUUUUUUUUUUUUGCCAUAACAAAGCUAUGAUUUCCCCCCCCGCUCAUGCCAUGGCAAACCCUUAGCCUCAGAAAUGAUAGCUACACAGAAAGUUACCGUAUAUCCUUUAGUUAAAAUGAAAAAAAGGAACAGAAGGAAAUCUGUGCCCUUCCUGGAUGCAAUACGUACUGAGCUUUGGCAGCAAGGGCAGUUGUUUACGUAGGGCUGUAACUCUGGAAGCAGUUUAUUUAUGAUGUGUGUUACUCUAGCGCCUCGGAUGCCACCUGGGAUUGGACCUUGUUGUGCGCGGUACUGUACAGAGUAAGACAGAGCUCCCUGCCCCAACAAGCUUACAAUCUAAAUAGACAAGAGCAAGGAAAGGUGUAGAACAUACAAAUAGAGCUCCCAAACCCCAGAACCAUAAGGCUGCGUGGAUCUCUUGCCAUUUCCCUGGGUACUUACACUGGAGAUGAGAUUGACUAGUAUAUUGGAAUCCUCCAAUCAAAAUUACAAACGGGGCCAUAGACCGAAAAGGUGACCUGGCCCGUUCCACUGUCACCUUGGGAUUGGGCCCCACUGUAUGGCUGGUGUGUUUGAAAUGUGAUACGGUUGAAAUCUGGCUACAGAAAAAGAAAGGAUGAACCCUCGGAGACAAACCUGUUGAGUUCUUCUCAGCUUUCCCUCUAUUAGUAGAAUAAUAGUUUGAUUUAUUUGUAGUGCCAUAGCACCUAGGAACCCUCGUCAUGACCAGGAUCCCAUUGUGCUCGGGGCUGUACAAACACAGAACAAAAAGACACGGCGUGCCCCCAAGAGUUUACAAUCUAAGUAUGAGAGAAGAGUCAAUAGAUAGAUACAGACAGUGGAGGACAAGGACAGUGCAACAGUCCUGAUUAGCAUGAUCAGCAAUGGUCUCUGCACACCAGCUGCCUAACGGAAUCAAGUUGUUUGUAGACCCUGAGGAGGACAAUGAGGUAGCUUUGUGGCUGUCUAUGGGGAGCUCCUCCCCAGUGCGAGGGGCAGCACAGGAGAAAGCACUGAAGGGCUUGUUUGAAAAUGCAACAAGUGGGCAAGGGAGACUGGCGUCAUGGGCUGAUUGGAGGUGGGAGUUGACAUUUCAAUAGCAAAUGAGAGAUGAGAGGUAGGUGGGGAUAGGCCUUGAAAGUGAAUACAAGUAGCUUGUGUGUGAUGCAUGAGAAAAGGGGGAGCCAAUGAAGGGAUGCAAAGAGAGGGGGGACAUGGUCAAAGUGGUGGGCAAAGACACUGAUCUUCGCAGCAGCAUUCAGAGUGGGUAUGAACGGGACAAGAUGACAUUAGUCAAGGCCAGAGGGAAGGAUGUUGCAUUAAUGAAGAUGUGAGAUGAUGAGAACUUGGAUGAGUUCUAGCUGUGUGGAUGGACAGGAAAGGCUGUAUCUUAAGAGUUGUUGUGAAGCAGGAAUCUGCAAGAUUUAGACACCUGGAUGUGAAGAUUUAGAGAGAGAUCCGAGUUCAAGAUGACAUCCUAUUGCAGGCCUUAGUAACAGGCAAGAUGGUGGCGCUGUCCACAGUGAUUGAGAAAGGAAGUAGAAAAGAGGGUAUUCGGGGGGAAAAUUAGGUAAGUUUUAGCCAAGUUUAGCUUCAGCUGGUGGCUGCACAUCUGUGAGGAGAUGUCAGAGAGACUGGACCAGAUUUUAGUUUGGACAGAAGGAGGCAGUCUAAAGGAGAGAGGUAGAUCUGAGAGUCAUUGGCACAGAGAUGACAGUUAGUUUUGUGUUUGGAUGGGAUUAUCCAGCAAAAGCUGUAGAGGGAGAAGAGAGCCCUUUGGAACACAGGCUGGAUUAAGGAGAUUGGAGGGCAGGGCUAAUGUUUUUUGGAGGCCUCCCAGUACUAAUGAGAGCAAAAAAGUACUCUCUUAUGACAAUCAACAAGUCACGUAUGAUACUGAAUACAAACAAAAAAAAAUAGAAGACAAUGAACAGGUUAUAUAUUUCCUGGAUAAACAUAAAAACAUAAAACAUUGAGUCAAAUGAAAAUGUUGCGAGUUUAAAAUGACAUCUUGUGAGCUUUAAGAGCUGCAAAUUUAGUUACUGUGUUCUCAGAUGACAGUAUGCAAAGUAAAUCCCAUUCAAUUGGCAUGAUAGCAAGAGCAUUAAGCUUCAUUUCUCCUGUAGUUGACCAAAGAUGAUUUUUUUGGAUUAAGGCAAGCUUAGAGAACAAUUGCUCUGCUUUACAGUUGGCAAUGGCUACAGUCAAAUACAGUCUCAACACAAUGAAGAUCUUCAGGAAGACGCUACUCAGAUCAUGCACAAAUUUGAUUCCAGUAGCACUCUUAUCCUGCAUGUCACAGUAUCUUAUAAAUGCUGAAAAAUAAAACAUUUCCACAAAAGGACCAGACUCUAGAUCAUUCGGGUAAGUACUGAGCAAUGCCUGAGUGCAUGUUUGCAUUUCUUCUUCACUUCAUACUUGUUCAAGAAAAAUAAGGAAGCCAAAUGUUGCAGAUAGUUCAGCAUAACAUUCACUUCUUUUUAGUUCCGAACUUAGUUUAUUGAGGAUAACAAAAACAUUCAACCUCUCAUUUCCUUCGGUCUUGUAAUGUCACUUUUACCAUCAGGAAAUUUUUGUUUUACCGUACAUUUGUAUUCUGUAGGACUUAUCACGUCCCAGUUUUUUGCUUGUGUCUCAAAAAUUGUCAAAAUUGAGACUGUAACCUUGUGACAGACUUUUGCAAGGAAGUCAGCAAAUGAACAGCAACAAGAUCCAGACCUGGCUUUUGAAACAGUCUAGUGUUGUCAAACCUUGCUAGUAUCACAGUCUAUAAGAUACUCAUAACUGCAGUUAGCACAUUUCCUUGUACAACUAUUGUGCCUCUCCCAGUUUUACCGUUUUCCUUGACAUUGUGUAUUGUUUCUUUCAAACAAUGCUGAAUGCCUUCGUAGUCUAGUACAAUUGUUUUACAAGAUUCAGCAUGACAGGACCAUCUUGUCUUCGAAACGGUUUUUAGGGCAAAGAGUUCUUUGCUCACACUUGACAACAUUGUUGCACAGAAGCUGCCAUUGCCUGGGUGAUGCCGCAUUAAAAAAAAGUUUCUGAACAAAACUUUAAAAGUUUAUGGCUUCCAAGCAAGAAUCAAUGCUGCAAGUUCCAACCAUGUUCAGAAAAUAAGCUGUGCAUGGCACAUACACAGCUAGUGGGCUUAGUUUUUGAUCUGAGCUUGAAGACCAUCAUACUUUCCAGACAUGGUAAGAACAGCUAUACUGGGCCUGACCAAGGAUCCAUCUAGCUCAGUAUCCUCCUGUCUUCUGACAGCGGCCAAUGCCAGAUGUUACUUGUGUUAUCGGAUGACUGACCUCUGCAGUUUUCAAUAGCAAUAUUGUUUGUGUCCAGUAAAAACCAUCACUGUCUGGAGGAGCGACUUGACCGUGUGGCUUUCAAUUGGUAGAAACCCAAUGAAAUGCUCAUAUGAGCACCACGUGAGCAGUAUUGUAAGAUGACAGAUAACUGAUUAACAUGAGUGAUGUCAGGACUUCAGUGUACUGCCAAAGAGAAGUAUUUCACCUGUUUGACUUCAGGGACAAUGAAUUCCAAAACCUUAUGUUUCAUUAGCUCAAUGAACUCAUCACAGAUUGGUUUUGACGGCUCGGAUGGGUGACCUUUCCCUUUGUUUCCAUAGCGUUUCAUGGGCCCACUUAGAAAUGGGUAAAUUUUGGUGAUGCUUGAAGAAUACCUAGAUCAUUUCUGUUCUGAGGAGAGUUGGUAACUUCCUCCCUUCCUCUAAAUACGAAUCAUGUUCAGCGAGAAGCUUAACAACUAUCACAACACACCCUAAAACUUCUUUCCAGUAAGCAGUUUGUAUUAGAAGCAACUGUACCAUCUCUCUGUCAAUCUGAUGCUUGCCUUGUGAACAUGCUAGCCAUUGUGAUGUUCCACACGGUUUUCUUGAGAACAAAACCUCUCCUCUUGCUUUUUUCCAUUUGGAAUGCCUGGGGUUGUCAGGCAAUUUAAAGAGUUUGCAUGUGAAACAGAAUAGUGCUCCUGUGGAUUUACAAUACCUCAACCAAUGCCUCUGAUAACACUCAUUUUAUACUGCACUGGUGCACUAUACUUCAUAUGUUGUGAGGUGGUCCUACUGCUCACAAUCCCCACCCAUCUGACAGAGUUCCUUCUGAUCCCAUCGCUCCAUGAAUCUUGCUCUUGCAAGUAACAGGAAGGAUUGCUAAAUGUAAAAUUUGUGAUUAUCAUGGGAAUCAGCAUGUUGAAAAGAAAAAGUAGUUUCUCAGCCACCUGGGAAAAAGAAUUUAAAUUCAUUGAAAGAAGUAGGAAAGGAGAGAACGCUGCAUCUUGCCGCUAUUGUAAGUGUGACAUUAUUGUUUCAGUUUGUGGGAAAGGUCCUGUAAUACAAAAUGUUGAAACUACUAAACAGAAAUCAAACACAAAAGGUCCAAACAUUCCAAACUUUUAAAAAAAGUUUAUGGCCCACCCUUGACAACAGAGUUCCUUCAGCAGAACGCACCAAACAUUUCAUGUAGUCAAGCUCCACCACUCUUAUCUAAGUGUGGAUUGCACAGCAAAGUGAAUAGAACUAUUUUCAGUGAGUCCAAAAUUGUUAAAAGAACUACAUUUGUUAUCUGAUGGCCACUGACGCCUCCAACAAAGGUUCCAUGAAAUGCUCCUCGCUUGUUUUAAGGUAUUUCCAUUGUAUUACUGGCAUUAAUUAUUGUUUCUUAGAGUUUUACAAAGACUGUCAUGAAACUUCCUGAGCAUUCGCUACUAAUGCAGGCAAUAGGAUUGACAACUUUGAACUAAAAUGAUCGAACAUGUCAGCACACAAGGAGACAAUGUGUGUUAAUUAUUCUAAAAUUUAAGUGUUUUCCAAAACUGAAAGAGGAACAGUGACCUUCUUGCUAUCACGAUGUCAACACACGAUUUGCAACGACCAAACGAAACAUUGCUGUAGAAAACCUAGUUUAAACGUUUACAGCCAUUUUAGCAUUCGCUCACCAAGUGUUCAAUAACUGGCAGAGUUUUGCAAAUUUGCUGGGGUAGAACACUCUAUAAGUCUAUGUUAUGUUAUGUAGUCACACCUGGGCUGUCCUUGUACCUGCUAUUGACUGACUGGCAAUGUGUUAGAAUGGGCUUGCAAGUUACUUUCAAUCUUUGGGGGAAGACGAAUGCCCUAAAGUAAUCUGGGAUAGUUUUGGAGACUAAGGAAAUAAGAAUGAAAUUGCUGAAUUGUACUGUUUCUUCUUGAGUCAGGCUCUAAAAUAAUUCGGACAGUACUGAAGCUCUGGAGUCAAACUCGUUCACACUAACUUCAUUGUUUGAACUGGUGUCCACAAGAAACUAGAAUGCAGUAUAAAUGACAAAUUGUUUGGUUACUUUCUGAACUCCAAACUGGAGAAUCUCAAUGAAAGUGAAUGAAGGAAUUGUGUGAAACAGAUUUUCUGCUUUUUUAAUCACUGAGCUCAAAAGUAUUUACAAACCAGAUCUGACCUCACUGAAAAUAAUGUGCACAAGAAACUGUCUGUCUCAUCAUUGGCAAAAGUUUUCUUUUGAAGAAUUUACAGACGCUGUUGAAGUCUGCAAAACUGAUCGUUAUGGACAUGGAUGAGUUAUAUGAAAAAUUGUGUACAAUCAAAGAAGUCAUGUCAUCUCCUAAAUUUCAAGACUGUACAAUUGCUAAUGAGAAAUACCUCAAGAUUUUCAAGAUGACAAAACCAAAUAGAUGUGUAAACUUCAAGAAUUUGAAUAAAAUCCGUUCUUACCUACUUUCCCUUUCAUGUAGCAAUGCAUACACUGAAAGGGUAGUUUUGUUAAUGAAUUGCACCAGCAAGAUGAGAGUAAUUGACUGGACGUGGACACAGUGAAAACCAAAUGACAGAGUUACUGCAGUUUUGAAAAUGCUGAGUUCAAAACCAAGUUUCCAGUAUUCCUCAACAAUAAGACGCUAUUAGAGGCCGCCAUGCCGGGGGGGAAAAAAUACAAGAAGUAGACAAUAAUUGAAGGUUCAUGCAAUGCUUUCUAUGAAAUAUUUUUUAAUUGAGGUUUUGUCCUCAUUUUUAGCUG